AUGGGAAAACAAGUUUUAUGCGCUUGUACAUUUUGUCGAAAUGCAUCUAAUAAUGUUGGAAAAUAUGUAAGCGUAUCUACUCGUACAAGGCAUCGGCGACAAGAAAAAGAAUUCCAGGAUAUAUCUACACCUUCACUAAUUAACGUGCAACAUUUAAAUAUUAACGACAAUAUACAACAUCAUAACGAAUUUGAAGUCAAAAAUCCCAUCUUUAUUUCUUCACCUUCUACAUUAAUAAACCCUUUUGCUGAAGUUUCGAAUUUGUCAGAGAGUGCGUUUGAUCACGAAAAAGAUUUUGAACCAGAAAAGCCAGAAUCCGAACUAGAAGAAAAUAUUGACGAUGAAUUAGAAGGAUGUGGUGACAGUGAAUUAGAAGGAUGUGGUAACGGUGAAUUAGAAGGAUGUGGUAACGGUGAAUUAGAAGGAUGUGGUAACGGUGAAUUUGAAGGAAGUGAUAGCGAUGAAAUAGAAAGAAGUGGCAAUGAUGAACUAGAAGAAAGCGAAGACAACGAAUUAGAAGGGAGCGACGAUGAACUAGAAGGAAGUGAUGAUGAUGAACUAGAAGAAAGUGGUGACAAUAGUUUAGAAGAAAGUGGCGACGAUGAGCGUGACGAUGAUGAACCUAUUUCUGUAGGCAUUGCAGGUAUACCGUGCUAUGACGCAUUAUCGCAAAAAACAUUUACAUUGCGCGGCUAUAUAUUAUCAUGGUCUGGAGACAUUCCAGCUAUAUCCAAACUCAUGUGUGUUUCCGGUCAUAACGCCUAUAGUGGGUGUCGCUUUUGCUAUUUGCGUGGAAUAUAUUCCGAAACAGCUCGGCAUAUAUACUUUCCCCUUUCACCACCAAAAGGAUACAACGGUACAACAUAUAAUCCAAAUAACUUACCAAUGCGCACUCAUACCAGCUAUCUUCAAGACAUCAAAAUGAUAGAAAGCAAACGUGGAGCUGAACGACAUAGAAUAGCAUGUGAUACUGGUCAAGUAGCAAUGUGGGUACAAUUUGCACACUUACAAUAUCAUGCCGAAUAUAAGAAAAAUUUUGAGGAUCUUCUGGAAGAGCAUCAAACUUUCCUAUUAAAGCACGCUUCUAAUGAAGAGAAAUUAUACUCAUUGUCUAAAGAACAUAUGAUGUCGAAAACUGAAAUCCAAAAAGUCAAGCAGUACUACGCAACACAAUAUAAUAAGAUGACAAAUAAAAUUCGGAAAUAUGGUAAACUACGAACUAAAUUUGGGGUGGUAAUCGGUUCGAAACUUACAAACCGUAAAGGAGAUACCUCGCGAAAUAAUUAUUCAAUUGCGGCAAGUCUUCUAGUUGAUAAAAAUGCACAUCGACCGAGAGCACCUACUGAAUUUGAGGAGCGAAAAUUUUAUGGCCAGGUUUUGUUUUAUUUUACACACGAAUAUGAAGGCGUAAUAUCCAUGCUUGCAUAUGUGCAAUGGGUGAGAAAUCCAGAAGUCUAUGGAAAUAAUAUAUUAUAUUUUCGCAACUUUGGUGAAACUGGAGUCAUUAAUGCAGCUACUAUUGACUGUUGUGUUGGAUUUCUUAAACUUGCAGAAAAUAAGUUUCUUAUCAUAGAUAGAGAAAAUUGGGUCACAUUUGGUAAAAUUUGA